AGACACUCCCCCCGCACCUUCCAUCCAUCCGCACAACCCUCAAGAGCGACCAUCAUGGCGGACAGCAUGGAAGGCGUCGUCACGGCGGGCGAGGCGCCCAAAAGCGAGAACGUCGAGCAGAAGACGAUUGCUGAUAUCCGCAGCAACUUUGUCCUCUUGGAGCGCGCCGUGGCCCAGUUCGAUACCCGCUUCACGCUGCGCGCGCUCCGCUCGAUAUCGUCUCUCCGCAAGAGGCUCACCGACCGCGUCCUGUGCUCCGUCGUCAUCUUGACAUACUCGCCCAACAACGCCACGGCCCGAACUUUCAUCGAGUACAUCGGCAUGGAUGGCGAGGCGAUACAGAGCGUCGUGUCCCAGUACAAGGAGGAGGUGCAGCUCAACAAGAACAGCACCAAGGAGCCAUUGCCCGAGGUGGACGUCUACAUAGCCAUUUUGAUACAGGUCUAUCUGUACGACCAAAAGGAAUUUGAAGAGGGCGCCGAGUUCUCUGAGAAGCUGGUGGACAAGAUCCGAGAGCUGAACAGGCGGACACUGGACUCGCUGGCGGCCAAAGCCUACUUUUACUUUUCCCUCUUCCACGAGGAGAUGGACCCCAAGCCCCCGUCGAAGCAGUCGCCCGUCAUCAGCAUCCGCGGCAAGCUCCUCGCUGCCCUCCGAAGCGCGGUGCUCAGAAAAGACCCAGACACGCAGGCGUCUGUCACGACGCUGUUGCUCCGAAACUACCUCUCGACCGCCGACAUCACACAAGCCGAUCUGCUCGUGGCACAGACACAAUUCCCGCCCAAUGCCCCCAACAACCAGGUUGCGAGGUACUUGUACUACCUUGGUCGCAUAAGGGCUAUCCAGCUGUCCUACACCGAGGCGCACGAGCACCUGACGAGCGCUACCCGCAAGUCGCCAUCUGCGCACUGCGCGACUGGCUUCUACCAGGCCUCGAUGAAGCUGCUCUGCGUUGUGGAGCUGCUGAUGGGUGACAUUCCCGAGCGCGACGUCUUCAGCCAGCCCCGCUUGGAGCGGGCCAUGGAGCCCUACUUCCGCCUGGUCCAGGCUGUGCGUGUGGGCGACUUGCAAGGCUUCCUGAAGGUAGUGCAGCAGUCAUCGUCCGUCUUCCACCGCGACGGCACCUACACACUGAUCCUUCGCCUGCGACAAAACGUCAUCAAGACGGGCAUCCGCAUGCUGUCGCUCUCGUACUCGCGCAUCUCGCUCCGUGACAUCUGCAUCCGUCUCGGACUCGAGAGCGAGGAGUCGGCCGAGUAUAUUGUCGCAAAGGCGAUCCGCGACGGUGUGAUUGAGGCGUCGAUUGACCACGAGAAGGGUUUCAUGCAGACCAAGGUAGCCGGAGACAUUUAUGCAACCCGGGAGCCUGGCGAGGCGUUCCACGAGCGCAUUCGGGCGUGCCUGACUCUGCACGACGAGUGUGUCAAGGCAAUGCGGUACCCAAUGAACCAACAUCGCCUGGAACUCAAGAACGCCCAGGAGGCGCGAGAGAGAGAACGCGAGUUGGCCAAGGAGAUUCAGGAUGGCGAUAUUGACGAGGACGAUGCGGCUGGCGACUUUGAGGGCUUGUAAGGCAGCGUUGCAGUCCAGGUCUGGCAGUGGGGCGUGUAAGAUAGCGGCCAUGUACGGACUGGUAUUGAGGGCGCUCCAGACAUGAGUUAGAUCAACAUGUCAAUGAUGCAUGAAUAGAAGAGACUUGAAUGCACACCGUC